AUGUGCUCUCUGUGGCUGACCCGGAUCCUUGAUUUCUCGAGCAUCACAUACGGUAGUCUUCUCCUCUAUGCCCUCGUCCUUCCGCAACGAUGCUCCGCUGCCCAAAAGCAUCCCACGCCGAUUGUCGCGACUACCACUACCGAUUUUCUGGGAUACGACGGCGCCUGGUCUGCAGUUAGCAUCCGCGUCGGUACCCCAGAGCAAUGGUUGAGCGUCUUCCCGAGUACACUGAGUCCAGAGACGUGGGUUGUCGGGCCUCUUGGAUGUGAUGGAACAUCUACUUGCCAGAACAAAAGAGGAGGCCUUUUCUACGCGAAUCAAUCAUCCACCUUCAUUCCAAAGGGAUACUUCGAGCUUAACGCGGAUUCGCAGACAAGCCCUGAUGAUGUCGGAUACUAUGGUCUGGAUACAAUUGCACUCGACGAUCUCGUAUCAGUCCCUGACCAGAUUGUCGCCCUCGUAAACUCGACCGAAGACUGGGUUGGGACGCUGGGUCUUGGUGUUAAAGAGACUCGCUUUACGGACUCGAACAAUCUCCCAUUUUUAUCAAGCCUAGUGCAGAAUGGAAGCUACAUUCCUAGCCACAGCUAUGGAUACACCGCAGGCGCCUCAUAUCGGCUCAAAGGCGUCCCGUCUUCCCUCACCCUGGGUGGCGUUGAUGCGAACCGAUUUGUCUCUAAUAAUUUAACCUUUUCUUUGAAUGCCGACUACGCCCCUGUGGUGGCCAUAAACGCUAUAUCGGUCACUUCGUCACCCUCUGACAGCGCAUCGUUACCGUCUAACUGGGAUUCCAACCCGCAACAAUUGUUCGAUGGAAGCCAGGACGAUUCGACCUUGUUCGUCAUAGACACGUCGACGCCGUUCCUUUGGUUUCCGACAGCAGUAUGCGAUGCUUUCGCCGAGUCACUGAAUUUGACCUAUGACGAUAACCUUCAACUGUACCUUUUCGCGGACGACACAUCGCCAGAUACACUUUCCAGUUGGAAUCUUACGUUCACCUUUACUGUCACCAAUCUGCCCGGAUCAUCCGAUGAGAUCAAGCUGACACUCCCCUAUGAUGCGUUUAAUCUCCAAUUGUCAUACCCAUUCCCGAACCUCGACGCCAAUUUUUCAUCGGCUCCCACCAAUUACUUCCCACUACGGAGAGCAGCAAAUUCAACUCAAUACACGAUAGGACGGGCCUUCCUACAGGAGACCUACCUAACAGUCGACUACGAGCGCAACCAGUUCUCCCUUUCACAAGCCGUCUUCGAUUUGGACGCCGUCAGUAAUGUAAACCUGCUGGCUAUUACGCGACCUGCUGAUAGUAUUUUCCCGGGCCCCGAAGGAAAUGGCCAUUCAGGGCUUUCCACUGGUGCCGCUGCAGGCAUUGGUGUAGGCUGUACUGCGGUUGUCAUAACAGGAGCGGUGCUGAUCUGGUUGUUCUGCUUCCGCAAGAGAACUUCGAAAGCUGUUGACUCCGCAGAGAAGCCAAAACGCCGGAGUAUUUUCACUCGCCUACACAGGGCGCCAGAGUCCAAGAGUUCAGUCAACGAGCUUUUGGGGGACAAGCACCAUCCGACCGAGGUCCCGGCCGACACAUCAGCCACUAGAUUUGAGCUGUCGGCCAACAACGCGGUUGAGAUGCCAGCAGCCCCUGUGUCUCCGCAGUUCUACGCAAGCAACGCACACGAAGGCCACAGAAGAUCUAUGCUGUCCAGAAAUGACCCCAGACGGCCCGCAGAACUGGAGCACCAAGGUUCAAUGGCGAAGUCAGCGGAGGCAGCGGAGGCAGCUAGGACGGAACGAUCUAGCUCGCCAGUUCCACCGUACUCACCCCCAGAAACCAACAAUGACCGCCUUAGCAGCAGCAUCAGUCCGAAUAGCCUACGAAACAGCCGGGCAUUUGGAACCGUUUCUUCUGGAGAGCAGGGAAUUAGCCCAAUUGGCGUAAGCAGCAACGGACACUCGAGACAAUCCAGUAACAGCAACAACAGGUCACUCCCCAGUCCUGUAUCACCAGAAACCACCUCUAGAGCUCCACAACAAUCGUCAGGGAGCUCGAGUGACAGUCCUCUGACAGACACCGGUCGCUCCGGCCUGAUGGUGCCGCAACUCAAUGGCCGCCCGCCAUCCCGCUCACCAAGCACUGGGAGUAGGUUCGUCGAAGAAGGGCUGAGCACUGUCACAGAAGAACGAGCAUCAAGCCCCCAAGGAGGACGUCCUAGCCAUAGAUUCAGCUGGGAAGACUGA